UACCUUAGGYAUCUGAAAAUAAAAAAAUCUCUAUUAAUUGAGUUACUAACAAUAUUUGAAAUGGUAGACAAUCAAGUUACGUUUCCAGACACUGUCACAGUACUUAAAUCAUCAAAUGGUUCUGUAGUGUAUCUUGUUGGUACUGCUCAUUUUAGUAAAGAGAGUCAAGAAGAUGUCGCUCAAGUAAUAAAUGCAGUAAAACCAGAUGUUGUUGUAAUAGAAUUGUGCUAUAACAGAAAUAGCAUAUUGACAAUUGAUGAAUCCACUAUUGCUAAUGUUUCAGGCAUUUCAUUAGAAGAUUUGAAAGGGUCAAUAAAAAAACUAGGCCUUACUCAAGGUAUAUUUUAUCAACUGAUGAUAAAUAUAUCAGCAAAUAUAUCUCGUGAUCUUGGCAUGAUACCUGGUGGUGAAUUUCGUAGAGCUGUCAUUGAAGCUAAAAAAUAUAACAGCCACAUUUAUCUAGGUGAUAGACCAGUUGAUAUCACUAUAAAAAGAGUGAUUUCAAUGUUGAGUUGGCCAAAGAGUAUUAAACUUUUGGCACACUUGCUAUUUACUGCUGAUUUUAAAAUUACAAAAGAAGAUGUGGAAAAAUUCAAAAACAAAGACUUACUAGAAACUUUAAUGCAUGAAAUGGCUGCUGACUAUCCAGAAUUGGAGCGAGUAAUAGUUGAUGAAAGAGAUAAGUUCUUAACUUAUAGUUUACAAAAUUGUGCUGGAUUUGUUAUAGAAAAAAUUGGCAAUAAGCCUAAUGUAUUUAAUUCAAGACCUCAAGUUAUUGUUGGUGUGGUUGGAUUAGGUCACGUUGCUGGUAUUAAAAAAUAUUGGGAAAAAAUUGCUGAUGAGCAAAUAGCAGAACUAAUUAUAAUUCCACCUCAAUCAAGAAGUAGUAAAGUUAUUAAAGUUGUCAUCAAAGUUUCUGCCUAUGGUUUACUUUUAUGGGGUGUUUCAAAGAUCCCUGGUGUAAGAUCGCUAUCAAAAAUGGCUUAUGAAGCAGUUACUUCUACAUAUGUUCAAGGGAAAUUUAUAAAAUUACAAUAAACUAUAAAAUAAUCAAUAUUCCAUUAUAUAUUAUUAUAAUUUAUGUUUUAAAUAAUAAGUUGCAAAUACAACUAUUCUAAUAAUGUUAAGUAAUAAUCAAAGMGAAGAUAAUUACGAUCACAUUGAUGAUUCAC